GGGGGUGCCCAUGGGCGGCAGCCGCAUAAAAGGGCCCCAGGGCGCCCCAGGAGGCCCAUUAACCUUGCACGCCGGCGGCGUCCCUGCCCCUGCCCCAGCCCCAGUCCCGGGACCGUCCGCGAUCCAGCUGGUGCCUUGCCCCAGCUGCCCCUGAAGUCUCCACCAUGUGGUCCCCACCAGCCACCCUCUCCUUGCUCUUGCUGCUGCUGGGCCAGGGCCCUCCCUGCAGACCACAGUCACUGGGCACCACAAAGCUGCGGCUGGUGGGCCCAGAGGGCAGGCCGGAGGAGGGCCGCCUGGAGGUGCUGCACCAGGGCCAGUGGGGCACCGUGUGCGAUGACAACUUUGCCCUCCAGGAGGCCACAGUGGUCUGUCGCCAGCUGGGCUUUGAGGCUACUUUGACCUGGGCCCACAGUGCCAAGUAUGGCCAAGGAGAGGGACCCAUCUGGCUGGACAAUGUGCGCUGUGUGGGCACGGAGAGCUUCCUGGACCAGUGCAGGUCUAACGGCUGGGGUGUCAGUGACUGCAGCCACUCGGAGGAUGUCGGGGUGGUGUGCCAGCCCCAGCGCCGGCGUGGCUUUCUUUCCGAGAGGGUCUCCAAUGCCCUCGGGCCCCAGGGCCAGCGGCUGGAGGAGGUGCGGCUCAAGCCCAUCCUUGCCAGCGCCAAGCGGCAGAGCCCGGUGACCGAGGGUGCCGUGGAGGUGAGGUACGAAGGCCACUGGCGGCAGGUGUGCGAACAGGGCUGGACCAUGAACAACAGCCGGGUGGUGUGCGGGAUGCUGGGCUUCCCCAGCGAGGCGCCCGUCGACAGCCACUACUACAGGAAAGUCUGGAGUUCGAAGAUGAAGGAUCCCAAGUCUAGGCUGAAGAGCCUGACUAAGAAGAAUUCCUUCUGGAUCCACCGUGUCAGCUGCCUGGGGACAGAGCCCCACAUGGCCAACUGUCAGGUGCAGGUGUCUCCAGCCUGGGGCAAGCUGCAGCCCUCCUGCCCUGGUGGCAUGCACGCUGUGGUGAGCUGUGUGGCAGGGCCCCGCUUCCGCCCACCAAAGGCAAAGCCCCAGCACAAGGAGUUGGGGGCACAGCAGGAGCCGAGGGUGCGUCUCCGCUCCGGGGCCCAGGUGGGCGAGGGCCGCGUGGAAGUGCUCAUGGACCGCCAGUGGGGCACCAUCUGUGACCACAGGUGGAACCUCAUCUCCGCCAGCGUCGUGUGCCGUCAGCUUGGCUUUGGCUCUGCUCGGGAGGCUCUCUUUGGGGCUCAGUUGGGCCAAGGGCUGGGGCCCAUCCACCUGAGUGAGGUGCGCUGCAAGGGAUAUGAGCGGACCCUCGGUGACUGCCCCUCCCUGAAAGGGUCCCAGAAUGGUUGCCAGCAUGAUAAUGACGCUGCCGUCAGGUGCAACAUCCCUAACAUGGGCUUCCAGAAUCAGGUGCGUUUGGCUGGUGGGCGCACCCCUGAGGAGGGCCUGGUGGAGGUGCAGGUGGAGGUGAAUGGUGUCCAGCGCUGGGGGACAGUGUGCAGUGACCACUGGGGACUCAGCGAAGCCAUGGUGGCUUGCCGACAGCUCGGCCUGGGUUUUGCCAACCACGCCAUCAAGGACACCUGGUACUGGCAGGGGACGCCGGGGUCUGGAGAAGUGGUGAUGAGUGGGGUGCGCUGCUCAGGCACAGAGCUUGCCCUACAGCAGUGUCAAAGGCACGGUCCGGUGCACUGCUCCCACGGCAUGGGGCGCUUCGCGGCUGGAGUCUCCUGUACAGACAGUGCUCCAGACCUAGUGAUGAACGCCCAACUAGUGCAGGAGACGGCAUACUUGGAGGACCGCCCACUCAGCCAGCUCUACUGUGCCCAUGAAGAAAACUGCCUCUCCCAGUCUGCUGACCACAUGAACUGGCCCUACGGGCACCGGCGCCUGUUGCGCUUCUCCUCACAGAUCCACAACCUAGGCCGGGCCGACUUUCGUCCCAAGACGGGACGCCACAGCUGGAUUUGGCACCAGUGUCACAGGCACUACCACAGCAUUGAGGUCUUCACCCACUAUGAUCUGCUCACUCUCAAUGGCUCGAAGGUGGCUGAGGGGCACAAGGCCAGCUUCUGCUUGGAGGACACAAGCUGCCCCAAAGGACUGCAGCGACGGUAUGCAUGUGCCAACUUUGGGGAACAGGGAGUGACUGUAGGCUGCUGGGACACCUACCGGCAUGACAUUGAUUGCCAGUGGGUGGACAUCACAGAUGUGGGCCCUGGGGACUAUAUCUUCCAGGUGGUUGUGAAUCCCAAAAAUGAGGUGGCAGAGUCAGACUUCUCCAACAACAUGAUGCGGUGCCGAUGCAAGUAUGAUGGGCACCGGGUCUGGCUGCACAACUGCCACACAGGGGAUUCAUACCGAGCUGAUGCAGAGCUCUCCCUGGAGCAGGAGCAGCGUCUCAGGAACAACCUCAUCUGAAACCAUCACUGCACCCCCAGCUGCUGCCCACACACGAUACCUCAGCUUACUGGAGCCAUGCCCUUCUUCACAGAGCCCUAAUUCAGAGGAAAAGGGGCCAGUGCCAAGGGGCACAAAGAACCUGCUCAGGAAGCCUUUCGAAGGCAAGAUCGCCACCCCAGGACGGUACUGCUUCUUCAUCGCUCUGGGUGUGCUCCCUAAGGGCCUUUUGCCUAUGGACCUUGGCUUCCAGGUUUUGUUCAGCUGAGCUCCUCUUCCAUUAGAAGACCCAAUAUUUCCUGGAUUUUGCCCGGGAGUUUCCAUUUUCAGGAUCUCUUGGUUCCUUAGAGAUGGACUACGGCCCAGUCCCCCAUUCUAAAUGGUGCUUUGCGAAUGUCUUGGAGAAGACAAAGGACCAAAAUACAGAGAAGGUGGGGGUCAACUCUCUGCUAGAAGCUCAAAGCAACACAGCUUAUUCCAAAGUUAUAUAUUGGCAGAGAAGUUGGUAAAUUCAGUCCCUUGCUUUAUCUGUCCUAAGAACUCAACUCUCAUACUCUGCUAAAAGUCUGUUCUUUAGUGUCCUUAUCUGUGUCCUACAGUACAUAUGGAUGUUUCUAUAUCCCUGGAUAUAGACACCUUGGGUUUUCCCUCAUCUCCUGAUGGGCCUACACCAUGGGUUACUGAGUUCUUGAGAAAGGGCAAGUUUCACAGAAGUGGCCAAAUAGGGCCUUCCUGCAGAGCAGCAAGACUAGUCCAAGCAGAAAGACUGCUAGGGUAACAUGGACCCCAGCCUCUGCCAGGGCACCUGCCACAGAAAAUAAUACAUGCUAUAUACCUGGCAGGCAAUACAUUCUUUCUCAGGAUUACUGUGCAUCUCAGGAUUGGCUAAAUUUCCAGUCUCAGCCAGGUUUCUGGAGUGAACUUUGCAUUGAAUAAAUGUUUGCAAUGGAAAGAACAUUAGUCAAAGAUGCCACUCAUCUCUGUAGGAAUAGAAAGACAGGUCCAGCAGAAUAGGGAACUCGAGACUGUGGAAACAUCAGAGGGGAGAAACAUUUGAUUUAAGUGAAGGACUGAAUGUAGAAAAAGCCACCAUCCCUGCUUGAUAUGGUUGUGAUAUGCUUCUUGCUCAGGUAGUAUAAAUUCCCAUGGUCUACCUGAAAAUGAUUUUCAAUCUUUUCUUCACUGUGACACACUUAAGAGAUGAUCCUUCAGCUCUGACUUCCAAAUGCCAAUAAAGGUUGCUCACCAUGGGCUGCUACAAAGACAAGAUCAGCUGUGAUCAUGUACAGUUCACAGUACACUAACUAUCCCUUUUCACUCCUACUGGGCUGGGGACUAGGGCACAUAGGAUAUACAAACUACCCUUGAUAGCCCCAAUACAUUUCUCUUAUCAGAUAUUAGCCUACUACCUGCUUCCCAAUUAUCAUCUCCAGGGUCAGUGCUGAAACCUGGGCUGGAAAGAUUAAGGGAUGAAAGGUAGGAGCAAGAAGGUCAAGUCCAAGGAUUACCAAUUUAUAGGCUGCAAAGCCUCAAUGAUUGGCAGCAGACAGGGCACAUUUACAACAGUACACUCUUCUCCACACCACAAGAGCUACCCCUUUCUUUAUGGAAUAAAAAGUUACAUGAUCUGGGGUACCUGUGAAGUACUUUCUUCCUUCUCCUCUACGUUCUCUCAACUCCCUCAUCUCCUUCAUUAUGUAGAGGGAGCAUUAUAUUUUGGCCUGGCAGUUUAGGUAAAUGAGGGAAGGCCUGAUUUCCAGUUGGAUCCAUCAGACAUCUCCCAAACAGUAACAACAUUAUACUCACACAUGCAGCUAAUGGUCUGUGAAAGAAUGUGCAGCUAGCAGGGGAGCAUGUGGUGACUGAUGAUUAGAUUCAGGCAGGGAGAUUACCCACAGCUUCUUGCUGGAUCCAGUUUCCAAGAGGGCCAGAAACAGAAGGCCAGGCAGCCAGCCACCGGCUCUGGCCUCAGUCCUGCUGCCCACAUCAUGUGUCUGAUAGGUGCAGCCAGUUCUAAUUGUUGGAAAAAGCUACAAAAGGGUUGUGCUGUUACACUUCUGAGUUGAAAAGAGAAGGACAGGGGAAGACUGGUGGCUGGCAUGACUUACAACUAGAUUGAGGAAUGUUAACAGAAUACCAACCACCAAAUUCCAGACAGACCCAAAAUGUCAGAAGACUUUCACCUCAGCAUACUUUCAUCCCAGAGAAAUUAAAGUGCUUACUAUUCAGAAGCCUGUUUUAUCUGUAUUCUACAAAGACUGUCACUCUAUGGGGAGCAUAUUAGAACUCAUGGAGAAUGUACCUUUCUACUAUGAAUUCCAGGUGAUCCUAGGAUUUAGACAUUUAACAUAUGUGAAGCAACAUAUACGCAUAGCAGAGUACAUUAGCUCUCUUCCCAAAUAUGUAACAAGGGAGCCAGUGGCAGCUACAGACGGCUACCCAGUUAGCUCUGCUUGUGAAGGCAUGGUCUUAGUAAGGCCAUGGAUUUACUUUCAACUGGACAAGCUCCAUGUAGUGUGUGCUGGAUCAUGGCAGGCCCUCACCUCCAGUCUUCUCAAAAAUAGGCAUCGCUGAUCACAGAGAGAAAUGGAAGAAGGCCAAUUACAUCAAUCCCAACUACUGGAAAAAAUAGAACUAAACAGUACAUUCUCUUCUAAUAGUAGAAGUAGCAGCACUCCAUAGUUUUUAGUGUUGACUGGAAAAAAAAAACAAAAAACCAACAAACCUUUCUCCAGGUUUGGUUAAAAGCGUAAAUCUAAAGUUGGAGGUGGCUGUUAGCUGAAAAAAAUGCAUAGUCACCUGGUAUAUAGCAUUAGGAUGAGAACAAAAGUAACAUCGUGAGAGCUUAAGGACUGCAAGAAAACUGAGUAAUAAACACAGGGCUAUAUGUGAGCAUUAACAAUGCCCUUAAAAGCUAAAAUACUGUCAGAAAGGGGAAGCACCCUCCAAGGCAAGUAGGCAAGUGACAGGAACAACUAUCUCUUUUUUACUGCCCAAGGUCAAAACAGAGCCAAGGUAUAUACCUCAGAGGUAUACUGUUCAGUAUAAAGCCUGGCUGCAAUUACCUGCAUUUCCUUUCCUUUCAAAUGCAGCCAUACUGUACAAACAGACCUGCCUAGCUUAGAGGGAUCUGUUCUGUGAUGACUGAGAACAUGAUAACUAGCUUAGAGUGGGGGAUGCCAUGACAUUGGACUAAGGAGUAGCAGGAUGGAAGGGUCAAGAGAAGGACUUAUUUCAUCUCCCAAAUGUAGGAUGGAGGCACUAAAUAUGAACAAGGGAUACUGGCAAAAUUGACCAAGAAUGAGAAAAGUAAUGCUGAGGAACUAAGAGAGGGCUUUAAGAUUGGAAAAGCAGCAGGGAUAGUUGGGUCAGGACUAAGAGCCAAGGUCAGUGUUAUCUGAAGAAUAUUUGAGCAGAGCCCCCCUCCACCACAUUCUAAGCAAUGCUAAUAAUCCAUUAUUG